AUGAUAAAUGUAUGGCUUUGGGCUAAAGUCUCUGAUGGUGCGUUAAUAGCUGAUGGUAAAUAUGAACUACUUCAAGGAAUUUACUACGUUAUUGCACAAUUCGCAGAUGCAUUGGUGGGAUCAUUGCUUAUACAAUUAAUUCCGAUGCAGCUAUAA